UUUGACCUUCAAACUAGACGUAAACAAUGAAAAAAUUAUCUCGCUUCUUAAUUCAGUCAGUCAACACGUGUUUUCGCAGUCUAAUUUUCUACAAAUACCGGUGUGAAAAAAUUGGGAAGCAAUAAAACAGUUGCAAUGAUCGUUGAAUUAUUGUUUCGCACUUGAGGUACUCUCACUAUAAAUACAUAUUCGAACGUAAAAAGCAUUAGAUUCUGUACGUAAAGUCGCACAUAUAUGCAUGUUUGUGAAUAACGGAUUUGAACCCUGUUUUUCUAUGUGCUUGUCCUCUUUAACGGACUACCGAAAAACUCGCCAACUAUUAACCUCUAAUUUCAGAUCAAUACACUGUCAACAAAAAAAAAUUCUUGGAAAAUCAAAAAACGUCUGAUCUCGUCGGGUCAAUGACCAAAAAAACGACUUAAAUCUUAUCUGGCUGUCUGCAUUGAAAGGAUAAUCGAACAAAAUGGAAGAAGUCAACGAAAAUAUUCUAGAGGCAACUGCAAAGAGUUACGACGAUGUAAGGAAGAUGUACACCUGUCAAUUGUGCAAAUCAUUGACAUCGAACUAUUGGAACAAAAAGCAUCUCAGUGGGAAACAACACAUAGCGAGGGUGGAUGCAUUCAAAAAAGCUUUUCUCAUAACAGAAAAACAACCAUUUUGCAAGAUUUGCAACAUAAAAGUGGUCUGGGAAAAAGUAGAGGAUCAUGCAAAUUUUCACAACAUAGCACCGUUCUGGGAACCCGAAGACAAGCACCAGAGAUUUUUCACAAAUUUUCUGAUGUCAUAUGCUGAGUCGUAUUAUUGCCACUUGUGUGAGGAAGUCUUGAAUAAUUUGUCCAAUGCUGAGAGUCACUUGAAGGACGAGGGUCAUUUGGAACUGCGUAAAAAAUUUGGAGAAUACGAUUCCGACAAUCAGUGGAGGGUGCAAUUCCCCAUGUGGCUCGCUCAAGGAAUCACUCCUGGCCCAAAGACUACAAUAACAUGUCGAAUGUGCGACAUAACAAUGGACCCCAGCAAAGCAGAAAAACACAUCAUCCUGCCAAGCCACGUGCGAAAUAAACAGUUGCAUUGUGAGAAUGUUUUGAAGCGUGCAAACGAGAGAAAACUUGAUAAAAGUUCGCAGCCCACACAAACAUCCAAAUGGGAGGGACGAAUCUCUCCUACAAUUCAUCCGAGGCAAACAUCAGAAUCAAAGAGCUCGAGGGGAGUUACGAAUGAAAGUAUAAACUUUGAAUUCCUCGAACAAGACUUAACUUGGAUAAUCAGAGUUUCAGACCCGGUAUACAAGCUAGUAGUUCCAAACAAUCUUCGUAAUAAUGUCAAAAGAAAUGUUUUAUACUGCAUUAUUUGUUUGGAGCAUUUUUCUGAUGCUGAGAUGGCCAAGAAACACAUAUCUGGCGAACAUCACAGAUACUCCAUAAAUAAAUAUGGUUGCGAUCGUAUCGUCAUGGAGAACAUUUCGGUAUAUCGCUGCUCGUGUUGCGCUCGUUCGAAAGUAACGUUGAACGGAAUUUACGAUCACUUGAAAAGCGAAGGACAUGCCAAAAACUUGAGAGAAUGCUGUAAUCAAAACAGGGGCCAGUCUGUCCCGAAUUUAGGAGAAAAUACAUCAGAUAAGGCGAAAACAAACGUUCUCAAAACACUGUCAUCAAAUGCGUCGUCAUCUUCUGAAAUUUUGUCAUCCAGCCGUAAACCAGAAGGGUCUACUGCGAAUUCGGACAAUAGCAAAGCGAAAGAUUCGUCAUCCUCAAAACUUGCUCCAGUGCAUCCGGAGCUGACGUCAGAAUCAAAAAUCUCUAGGGAAGUUAAGGAAGAAAGCAACAGAGCGGAGUUUCUGAAGAAAGGCUUAAAUUGGGUAAUUCAAACUUCCAACCCAGUAUACAAACGAGCAGUCCCGGUUGAUCGUCGUUUUACAUGGGCAGAAUUUUAUUGCGUUAUCUGUUUGAAGCAUUGUUCUACUGUCAGGAAUGUCAGGGAACAUACUUCUGGCAAAUUCCACAAAAACUCCCUGAAACAAUAUGGUUGCGAUCGCAUCGUGAUGGACAACCAUUCGGCAUAUUACUGCUUAUAUUGCAAUCGGUCAAAAAAAAACUUGGACGAAAUUUACGAUCACUUGACGAGCGACGAACACGCCAAACACUUGAUAAAAUGCAGUGGACAAAUCAAUGGCCAAUCUGUUUCGUUUUCAAUGGAAAAUAUAUCGGAUGACAUUAGUGCCGGCGUUUCGCAACCAUCGCACAAAGAUGUCAAGCCACUUUUACAUAAGGCGUCGUCAUUCUGCCAUAAACCAGAACCGUCUACUGCGAAUUCGAACAAUACGAAAGCGAAAUAUUUGUCAUCCUCAAAACUUUCUUCCACUCAUCCGGGGCUAAUGUCAAAAGACUUCAAUUGGGUAAUCAGAGUCUCAGACCCGGUAUACGAGCUAGUAGUUCCGACCAAACUUCGUAUGCUAUUCAAAGAAAAAGUUUUAUGCUGCAUCAUUUGUUUGGAGCAUUUUUCUAACGUUGAGAUUGCUAAGGGACACAUAUCUGGCGUACAACACAAAAGCUCUACGAAUAAAUAUGGUUGCGAUCUCAUCGUGAUGGACAACAAAUCGCCAUAUCACUGCUUCUGUUGCAAUCAGUCAAAAAACAGAUUAAACGAAAUUUACGAUCACUUGAUAAGCGGUGAACAUGCCGAAAAACUUAAAGAAUGCCGUAGAAAAUUGAAGGACCAAUCUGCAUCGCUUUCAACAAACAAUAAAUCAGAUUACAGUAGAAUAAACAGAACGAGUGUUUCGCAUCCAAAACCAGAACGGUCUGCAGCGAAGUCAGAUGAAAAUAGCAAGACGAAAAGUUCCUCAAAACUUGUUCCAAUCCAUCCGGGACUGACGUCAAAGUCAAAAAUCUUCAAGGAAGUCAAGAAAGAAAGCGGGGAAGUGAAGUCGGACGACAAUAGCAAAGCGAAAGGUCCGUCAUCCUCAAAACUUUCUACAAUCCAUCCGAAGUUGACGUCCGAAUCGAAAAUCUACAGGGAAGUCAAGGAGGAAAUCGAGAAGCUGAAGUUUCGCGGAGAAGAUUUGAAUUGGGUAAUCCGAGUUUCCAACCCAGUAUAUAAGCGAGUAGUCCCAGUCAGAAAUCGUCAGGAAUCGGAAGGGAAAGUGUUCUGUUGCCUCAUGUGUUUCGAAUAUUUUGCCGACGUCAAGGCCGUUGCGAAACACAUUUCCGAAGCACAUCACAUUAAUUACAUGCAACAGUAUGGGUGCGAAUGGAUCGAGACUACCCAAACAGGAGAUUACUAUUGCGUAUGCUGCAGUCAGACGAAAAAGGAUUUUGAUCAAAUAUACAACCAUUUGAUAAGCGAUAAACACCUCAAGAAACAUAGAAAUUGCAGUGAAUCAAAGGAUAAUAAAACCGCUGUUAUUUCAGCAGAUGAAGAAUCGAGCGUUUUCAGUGAGCAACCGGCACCUUGUGAGAAAACCGAAUCGUCUGACCCUUCGUGCGACAAUAGCGCGUCGAAAGACCUUUCAUUUACAAAUUUCUCUACCAUCGAUUCCCAAAGAAACAGCGAAUCCACCUUCGUUCAAGCAGAAAAUAAGUCUGAAGAGAUCAGCACAAUGGACGAUGCAGUUUUGCAGACGUCUCGCAAAGACGACGACGAACAAUUGUAUCUCAGGCCGUUGCCAACGUGCGACGAAUCGGCGCCUGUCGCCAAUGAAUCAGCGUCUUGUGACAAUUUUAAACUAAUUCUUACAGUCAAUUUCGGAUCUUCCUCUCAAUGUGUCUUUCCUCAGGAGGCGAAAAAAUCCAGUGAAAUCGGAACCACCGACAAUGCCGUUUCGCAGCCACUCGGUAGAGGUCUCCAGCCACCUUCCACAACCUCGUUAUCGUCGCGAGAAGAUUCGUGCAGCAGCGAACUAAGCGAUGAGAUUUCCAGGAGUGUUUCCAACAUCAGUCCAACACCCUCGCAGAAUCUGGUCCCCAAGAAAACAGAAAAUACGAGGUUUGAAUUUUCCGACGAAGACUUGAAUUGGGUCGUUACCUACCCGCAUGACUUGUUCGGCUGUAAGAAAUUGAAAGACCGUGGAGUAGAAUUUACCGGCAACUCGAAGAAAACUCGCUGUCUUAUUUGUUUUGCUUUUUUCAGCAACAUCCAGUCCGUAAAGGCUCACAUUUCAGGUAUAGAGCACAGAAAAUCGAAGAUGAUUUAUGGGUGUUAUUACAUAGAAGUAACUCCACAAUCGAAGUAUCGUUGCCAGUGUUGCAACAUUAUGGAGAGGACUUUCAAGUCGAUCUACAAGCAUGUGAUGAGCGACGAUCACGUCAAACGAGCUUGGGACACGAACCGCACGAAAGACAUGCAAUCCGACGUGGAACGUGCGAAAAGUGAUCGGAGUAAGGAAAAAACGAACGACUGCUCAUCCCAAAAUGUUGCUGCAAUCGAAUCGUCUUCGAAUUUUAAAACCGAGGACUUUGAUUUCUGCGAAAAGGAUUUGCACUGGGUGGUUAGCCGCAUGCACGCAUUGUGCAUUACGAUAUUCCGGGUGCGUGGAAAAAAAAUAGUCAGAGACACCGGGGAGCGAUUGUUCUACUGCCUGAUCUGUCGGUCGCCGGAAUAUGGCGAUGCUUUCGACAUCGACGCCGUCAAAACUCAUAUUUUUAGUGAAAUGCACGAGGAGUCAAUGGAAAAAUAUGGUUGCGCUUACAUCUAUCACACCGAAAAAUCUUUGUAUUGCUGCGAAUGUUGCAAGAUUACACAUCGGAAUUUUGACAAUAUUUACAGGCAUGUAAUGAGCAAGGAACACGUCAAACAAUUCCGCAAGUUGGAUGAAGAAGAUUCGAGGAUCGAGAGCGAGUCGGACAGCUUGUUAGCUUCAAACGUGUCUAAAAUCUCCCCAACGGACAAAAGUCCGGUCGAAAAAUUGGGUUUUCGUGAAUUUGACUUACGCUGGGUGGUCGACGUCUCCGAUACUUCUGCCAGCACUCGAGCUUCCGAAGGACUCGAUGCAAGUUCAUCGAGCAAAACGGAAAACCAAGUUUUCCAUUGUUUUAUAUGUUCGACCAGUUUCAGUGACGUCGAAAUCGCAGAAAAUCAUGUUUCCAGUGAAGAACACGCAAGUUCGAUGAAGAAAUAUGGCUGCGAUCAUAUCGUGGUAACUCCAUCUCUAUAUUAUCGUUGCGAAUGUUGCGAUUGUCGAAAGAAAUCGUUUCGUAGAAUGUGCGUUCAUAUAAUGGGCAACAACCACGCGGAAAAGCUGCGUGAGCUGGAUCAGCAGAAAGAGGAGCAGCCCCCGAUCGUGGAUAAUGCGGAGGAAGAAUUGAGCGAGAUUAGUAACAAGGACAGUGUCGCGGAGCAACCAAUCGACGAUGAUUCGAAAUCGUCGUCGAUCUAUUGUUCAGCGAUGGAAGAGAUUUCGAUGAAUGAGUUAAGCAGUUAUUCGUCUUUUAACGAUGCCGAAUCUUCGGUCAUUUCCAAAAUAUCUGAAACGACCACGGAAAACGUGGAGAAGAAUGAAUCGAGUGAGAUCAAAGACCCUGAGAAUGACAUUCUGCAGCCUAUUUGCCAAGAUCCCAAAUCGCUUUCGACCGUUUUGCGAUCGUCGUCACCAGAAAAUGCCUGCAAUGGAAGCUCAAUAAACGAGGGGAUUUUUGAUAGUUUACCGGAAAUUGAUUCGCAACCAGCGUCCAACUCGGCGGACAAUGAAAGAGUUGAGAAACUUGAAUUUCGUGAUGAGGACUUGAACUGGGUCGUCGGUCAUUUGCAUCCAUUGUAUAGGCCGGCUAAGAAACCCCCAAAUAAUUUUUAUUGUGUCAUUUGUUCAGCCUAUUUUUCCAGGCCUCAAAAAGCAUUAAUGCAUAUUUCCGGCCCGAAGCACAUCAUCUCGAUGGAAAAAUACGGAUGUCAUUAUAUCGAGGCAACUGGAGAAUCGAAGUUUCGUUGCACCUGUUGCAAUACCGAAUGUAAAAGUUUCGAGGAAAUCCGUUCGCACGUGAAGAGCGAAGAUCACAUGAAAAAAGCUGACAAAACAAAUCGGAUCAACGGUCGACAACCGGAUGUCGAACUCGCAGAAAAUAAUCCGGACAAGAAAGAACAAAAGAGUGGCAAAAAAUCGCGAGUGGUCAGGAACAACAUUGGAAAAUUUCCAUUUCGCGAGAACGAUUUGAACUGGGUGUUGAGUCUAGCGCAUCCGUUGUGCAUCAAAAUAUUUCGAGCGUUUGAUAAAAAAGUACCAAUAGAUACGCGCGAUCAAUUGUUCUACUGCCUCCUUUGUGGAGAUUGGCCGCUCUGUGGCGACACGUUUGACAUUGAUGGAGCUGAAAAACAUCUCUCCGAUGAAAUGCAUGUGAAAUCGAUAAAAAAAUAUGGAACCUCGUACAUCGAGUUGACUCCUGAAUUCAUGUAUCACUGCACAAGUUGUAAUCGUCGAAAAAAUGCAUUCGACAAAAUCUUCAGUCAUGUUCAGAGCGAUGGACACCUCAAACAGUGCCGAAAGUUCAAGCGACUGAACAGACAAAGAAUCGUGAAGCAAGCUGUCAGCAAAGAUGCGCACUCGUUGCCCAUGAAGGAUUUUGUCGAAACUCAUUUGCAGCCGGAGACUGACGGUUCUCAGAAAUCCUUAAAAAACCAGACUGUGAAAACGAUUGAUGAAAAGUCAUCGAGUAGCACGGAAAGCCAAGCGUUUUAUUGCCGAAUGUGCUCUGACGAAUUACUCGAUGUUGAGAUCACGAAAAACCAGAUCGAGAGCAGAAAAGACGGAAACUCCAUCGCCCCAGAACUCGGGUAUCUUUGCACCUGUUGCAAUCGGAUAAAGGAUAGCUUCAAAAAAACUUUCAAAAAAAUAGGCGAGUCGAGUAAAGGAGGAAAAAAGCAAUCUUCUGUCAGUACAGAAAACAAAUCAAACGAGACUGAAACGAAUGACGAUAUCGUGGAGCAUUCACUGGACGGAGAUUCGAAGUCAGCUUCCAUCUAUUCGCCACCGACAGUGGCAGCCUUGAAUGGAGGGAGCGAAUCCAACCAGCUUGCUUCGAGUUCUCGAGCGGCGAGAAAAAAAGCCAACGAGUCGUGGGAUUCAUCGUCGAGCGUUCCUCCAAUUGAACCCUUUUCCGAAUACGAAACGAACAAAUGGACAUUUUACGAGCCUCAGUUUAAUUGGAUGGUCAGUCUCGCGAAUCCGUUAUUCGCGGCAUCGUUUCACUUACAUGGGAAAAGUCUGCUCCGAGUGACGGCGGAACCGUUGUUUUGCUGCCUCAUUUGCUUUUGGCCCGGCUACGGCGACUCCUUCGACACCGAGGCUGCAGAAGCGCACAUUAUCAGCGAAGAACACGCGCUUUCGAUCGAAAAAUACGGAUGUCGAUACGUCGAAGUAUCUCCAGGUUUUGUCUUCGAUUGCGAGUGUUGCAACGUCCAAAAAAAACAUUCUUUCUGUAGAAUUUUCAAUCAUGUAAUCGGCAGCGAACACGCUCUGCAGGUCGGCUUAUUGAAGCGACCAAAUUACGAGCAAUCGAGUGUCCUUUCCAAAGCGUCAUCGGGCCCAGGAGCCAUCACAAUGACCCCGAGAACAUCGGAGUACUUGGAUUUACUCGAGAGAGAUUCCAAUUGGGUGGUUGACCGUUCUAACACGCUUUUUGUUAAUCGAAAGGUCAAAACGUCUCAUGAAAAAAAUCGCGACGACACCGGAGAGCCAUUGUUCCAUUGCCUCGUAUGCUGUAAGGAUCUUGCCACCGCCGAGAUUGCAAAAAAACAUAUUUCCAGGGCAAGCCACCUGAACACCGUGGAGCAACGAGGAUGGGAUUGGGUUAAAGUCACUCGCGUGACUCAGUACCGUUGUAUAUGCUGUGACUUUCGAACGGACGAUUUACAGUUCCUACACAGUCACGUGACGAGCAAACAACACGGGACGGUGCUUGGGGGAUUCGUUGAAAAAAUCAAAGGAAAAUUGGCGUUCGUUUGUACGGAGAGUGAACCGAAUUCGGUUGAAAAAUCAGCAAUGGUUUCCGCGCCCACGACGAACCGAGAAGUCGAAAUGGCCGACGAGAACUUCGAGUUUCCCUACGAGGACUGGAAUCUGCUGGUUGGCAGCGAGGCUCCUAACGACCGGCUUCGGGAAAAAGACUGCAAAGAUGCUGGGCAAUCUUCCACCGAAUUCGUCGCAAACGGGAACAGUAACAACGAAAAUAACGAGAACGCAGUUGAGCAACCGCCUGACAAAAAUGUGACUCGGUCCGGUGCAGGAUCAACUUCGCCCCUCGAGGCCUCAUGCAUUUUCGUUGUUAAGCAAAACGGGAAAAAUUCAUUUUGCCAUAUUUGCGAGCAAACUCGCUUCCCGACGAAAAACCUGAAGAGCCACGUCGAAUCGUUGCGGCACAAGUUUUUCUUGAAGCGAUACGGAUGCGACAACAUUGAGGCCCGCAGAGACGGCAGUUACUAUUGCGCCUGCUGCGACUGCAAGUUUUCAACUCGCCAGAAGGUUUGGGAACACUUGAAGGACUUGAAACAUUUGAGAUCCGUGACAAAGGUCAAGAGAGAAUCAAGAAAACUGUUGAUGAGCGAAUUCAGCGGUCAGGAAAUGGAGCCGCCAGGCGAAAGGUUCGACAACGGUUUCCACGAGAGCGUCGAAUCUCUACAUCGAAUUAAUGCUCUCCCUAAACAUUCAGACAACAUCGAAGAUCACGUGGAAAAAUGCGAUUCCACUCCCAGCCGAUUGGACGACUCGAAACAACCGCUCGUCACAAUGGCCGAUGACUUGACGCGACUAUCCAAGAAGGUAGGAAGUGCCGGAGAAUCAGCGUUGCUUGGCACGAACUCGUCAGAUCAGAUGGAUCGCCGAGCCAACAAAAGUCGACGCAUUGUCGAUCAAGGCCCGACUUGUAGGAUAUGUCGGCGCAAGCUUGAAAGCCGCACCGAUCUCCACGCCCACAUGGCUAAACAUUUUAGCAAAGAACUCCUCGCCAUAAAUCAAAAGCGUUUGCGCGAGAAUCUCACAGAGAGCAAUGGCCAUUCGACAGAAUUCGACACGAAUCAAAGCUCCGAUCCUCAAAGUUCUUUGAACGAGUUCACCGACGCCGCGGAAUCCGAGGAAUCGUUGAUAAAAAUCGGUGACUCUUCAUCGUCGGAAUCGGAUAGCGAAUCUGGGGAUGACGAAAGUGAGGAUGCUGUCGGAAUGCCCGGAUGGGACGUGGACCGGUACUUAAAAACUACGAUAAAAGGGCGAAAACGAGGGAGGAAAAUGAAAUUGAAGAACAUCCUGCAAAGGUUGAAUUUCAAGGAUAAUGAUAUUUACAAUUUGGAAGACAAAAUCAUGGAUUUAUUGCUGGGUCUGAGAAUGUCGAUAAUAAUCGACAACGAGACGAUCUACUGCCUGAUUUGUCGUGCCAGAGUUCCAAAUACGUCGAAAGAUUAUUACGAUCAUCUGUGGAGCCUCAAUCACUGCAAUUAUUUGGAUGUCAUGGAAGACGACGCCAAAGAAUUCGCCAAUUUUCCUGAUCAAUUCAGCGACCUCGAUCUCGCCUACGAGUACAUGGAGGAGAUCAGUGACCGCGCGGUCCGUUGUUAUCUGUGCCAGGUGACAGUGAAAAACGAGGACGAAUCUUUGAAAAACCACAUUUACGAGGUUGAGCAUGAGCGUGCAUGUGCGUUGACACGAGCCAACGCAUCGAGCAUAUUCGAGUCGAUGAAAAGUAGCUUGAAAUGCGAUUGGUACGGAAUCGAGCAUUAUUCGUGCCUCGCCUGUCGCAUAGUCACGCAAUCCGAAGUUUCAUUCGUGAAACACCUGAAGAGCACGGGACACUCGGGAAAAAUGCUCGAAUCGCCAAAUUUCGAAAGGAAAAUGUUGCUCGAUUGUUGUCUCAGCUGCGCGAUUCUCUGGUACGGUUACAGAUCCUCGCACUUCCAUCACACAAACGAUGUCGACGCGCACCGAUGGUUUGUGAAUGACGGGCAUUACUGUGUGCGCGAUAUCCCAAAACUGGCGCAAGAAUUGCUGCGACAACCGGAGAACUGGGUCGAUCGAAAAAUUCGCUAUCUUGAUGGCAUGAAGGCUGGAGAAAUUUCCAAGGAAGAGGCUGUCGUCAAUGAUCUUCAGAGAAUCGUAAGAGCCACAUUUCCACAUGCCAAAGCUUACAUCUUUGGAUCCAGAGUAACCGGUCUCAACUCCGAAAACAGCGACAUCGAUAUUUUUCUCGAUUGUCGUGAUGUUUACGAUGGGACAGGAACCUCCGAUUCGAUAACACUGUAUUUUAUCAAUAACGUUGGAAAAUGCUUGAGUUCAGCUUCAGAGACUUGGGACGUUCACGAAGUUUUGACCCAUUGUCGUUCGCCUAUUAUACGUGCCCACCACAGACCAACGCGACUGGAUUGUGAUAUUUCGUUCAAUAACGGUCUCGCAGUUGAAAAGACCAAACUGAUAAAACGAAUCGUUGAUGUUUAUCCCACGUACCGAAAAUUGGUACUCAUACUAAAAAUGUGGAUGGCAAGCUGCGAUUUGGCAGGGCCUGAGCGUAUCACUCAUAACAGCCUUUAUUGGCUCGUCGUUUUUCACUUGCAAAAUGAAACGAUAUUACCAAGCAUCGCAACUUUAAUAUCGAUGGAGAACAAAUCCAAAAUCAUCGCGGGAUGCGAAGUCGGAAUUUCUUACGAUUUCAAUCUCUGGGGAUCGGACGAAAACUCAAGCGUGAAAGAUUUACUCGAGCGGUUUUUCACGUUUUAUGCAAACUUUGAUUUCCGUUACGACGUUGUGUGUCCGCUGCUCGGCGAACCCAUUAAGAAAAAAGAUUUUGCCGAUCCAGAAAAUUUGCCGAAGCAAAUGAAGAUGUACGUAAAGGUCCUGAAAAAAUCAAAAAAAGCGGAAAUGUUUAGAAUCGAUUCUCCAAUGUGCAUUCAAGAUCCAUUUGAUUUAUCGCAAAAUGUUACCAAAGCGGUGAGAAAAAAUGUUCUCAAUCGUUUCCGCACUUGUUGCUUGAAAAGCUUAGAUUUUUUGAUUUGAACAAGUUUAUAGAAUCCGAUUUUUUGAGCUUACAAAUUUAUUUACGGAUGCGAGAAAACUUUCUUCGCUCUAUUUAGUUUACAAUUCAGCCGAAAAACGUCCUCAAAAGCUUCUUUCGGCUCUCUGAACUUGUGAGUUACUCAAUAAUUUUAGUCAUUUUUACGUUUUUUAUUCACGUUCGUGUGCCAAAUCUGUUGUCGAAGACUGUUCAUUCAUUGCCAAAAUCGGAUUUUUCAACAUUCUAUUUUAACUUGAAGCGUUUAUGGUCGUGAAAAGAACGAUGAACUUUUUGUCACAUACGUUGAACGUUAUUACGGGUUGAUUUUGAGCUUCUUGUUUUCAUCUCAGAUGGAAGUUUGAAUCUGUUUAUAUAGUGAUGUUUGCUUUUAUUCUUAGUUUGGCUUAAUAUUCUUUUUUUUUAAAUGUUCAUUACACGAACUGUUAUUUCUUCCAACCUUUUCAUUUGAUUUUAAUUUUGCUCGGAGUGAUGCGACACCAAAUAGAAUAAUUUUGUACCGAAAAAUAAAAAAAAAUAAAAAAAACAGGAAACUCCGUCGGAAAAUAGAUUUAAGAGGAUAUUAAUAAGCAGAUACUGGAUAAACUGCUAUUGUUAUUAGUAAGAAAAGUUUAAGGAAACUAAGUACAGAGAUGUGCCUGAAAGAAUGUAUUUUUGAUACAAUUGGUGCGAUGAUGUCAAAUGAAACAAAUAUAGUACAACAAAAAAGGUAACGAGUGCUGUGAAAUAUACACCAUAUACUUUGACAAAUA